CAAGAUAUCUGUUAAAGAUCGCUUCAUCUGUGUGCAAUCAUCUGAUAGACUUCUAUAUGAUGUCAGUUUUACACACAUUCUAAAUCAUAAACAUCUUAAAGGCAUCUUCCAAACAUAUAUUUGACAUCUGAUAGGAAACGCCCUAUAGACUUAUUACUGAUGAGCAAACACUCUAAAAAUGUCUAGCAGACGUCAAAUAGACGUCCACAGCAGGAGUCACUCGACAGUAUGCGGGGUCCCAACCCGGGCGUUUGGUGUUUGGUGGGAGGCGCGUGACAUGGAACAUGAGCGGCACGCGGAGUCCUGGAGAAGCCGGCGGGGUAAGCGUCACGGCACCAAGAGUCCAGCGGCGGCACCGGUGAUGUUUACCGGCGGAUCGCGGUCCGAGUAUUAGCGUCGCGGUGCGUGCAAAGCGCGCGCGAGAGAACCAUGAGCGUCGCGCUGAAGAGCUGGAGGGCCAAUGAAGGACCCAAACACUUGAUCACGAUGGUUUGGAUUGCUGUGAAUGUCUUUCUGUUCUGGAAAACAUUCAUGGUGUACUUCAGCGGAGCGCAGUAUUAUUAUCUACACAAGAUGCUCGGGCUUGGUCUGUGCAUCAGUCGAGCAUCGGCCUCUGUUUUAAACUUCAACUGCAGUCUGGUGCUGCUGUCGAUGUGCAGAUCGCUGCUUACCUUCCUCCGAGGAUCUCAGCGGGUGACCGGUAGACAUGUUCGUCGGCUGCUGGAUAAGAGCAAGACAUUUCAUGUGGCGUGUGGAGUCACAAUUUGCAUCUUCUCAGUGGUUCACGUGAGCGCUCACCUCGUGAACAUGGUCAGCUUCUCUGUGAAAUAUUCCCAGGAUUUCCCCGCGCUCAAUGUCGCUCAGUAUCGAGGACAGGAUCCCAGAAUUCUCAUCAUAAGCACAGUUCCUGGAGUUACUGGUGUUCUGUUGGUGCUAGUGUUGUUCCUGAUGUUUACUGCGUCGUCUUACUGUAUUAGAGUCUCAAGCUACGAGAUAUUCUGGUACACUCACAACCUCUUCAUCGUGUUUUAUGUUAUUCUGAUGGUCCAUGUAGCAGGCGGAGCUUUAAAGUAUCAGUCAAACGUGGAGACCCACCCACCUGGCUGCAUCCACAACAAUCUCAGUUCAUGGACCAAUCACAGAGCAGCUGGAGAGAAGGGGGCGGAGUCUUCAGGUGCACCACAGACAGUUUGUCAAGAAGAGGCUCGUUUUCAACCCCAUUUUCCUCAGACGUGGUUGUGGGUCUCUGGUCCUCUCUGCCUGUACUGUGCCGAGCGGUUGUAUCGUUUCAUAAAAAGCAGCGCUGCUCCUGUCACCAUAGUCUCUGUCUUAACUCAUCCAUGCAGUGUUGUAGAAUUGCGCAUGCUGAAGAGUGGCUUUAAGCCCCGCCCUGGACAGUACAUCCUGCUGAACUGCCCAAGCGUCUCGUCAUUUGAAAACCAUCCCUUUACUCUUACCACAUGUCCGACAGGGAAGAAUGCAACAUUUGGCAUUCAUCUCAGAGUUCUGGGAGACUGGACCUCGAGAUUUUCUCAGCUGCUGCUUCAACAGUCGAACAGCUCCGAGAUCCUUCCCAUGCUGCAACAGAGGAGCUAUCCCACAGUGCAUGUGGACGGUCCGUUUGGCAGCCCAUCAGAGGAGGUGUUUAAUUAUGAGGUCAGCCUGUGUGUGGCCGGAGGGAUCGGAGUCACGCCGUUCGCUUGUGUUCUACAGGCGCUCUCUGAUGACUGGCGUCAGUAUAAGUUGAGAAGGCUGUAUUUCGUUUGGGUCUGCAGGGACCUUCAGUCUUUUUAUUGGUUUGCUGAUCUAUUGUGUGGCCUUCAUGAGAGGCUGUGGCGGGACAAUCGUCCAGAUUUUCUUAAUGUUCGACUCUACCUCAGUAACACUCAGGGAUUACAGAGCAUCGUUGAGGAACGCUACCGUUUCUUGAGCUCCAGGCUUCGGAUUGGUCGACCAAAAUGGAAACAACUUUUCCAGGAAAUAGGGAGAGCCAAUCAGCUGAAAAGAGUGGGGGUUUUCUGCUGUGGACCCAAAGGGAUGUCGAAAACGUUACACACUCUCUGCAAUUCAAACCCACACACAGGAACUGCAUUUGAGUACAACAAAGAGUCCUUCAGUUGAGGGACGCGAACAAACCUAUCGUUUAACACCAAAUAAAAAGCCUUUAGAGUCUGUUUCUGAGGAAUGAAGAUGACAGGAAUAAUGGAGAUGUCUGCAAUUCAUGCACAGCAUCCUCAGACGAAUGGACGGAAAACUGGUAAAGAGUGUAAUGAGUUGGAAAACUUGCACAGUUAUGUUCUUAUUCAGAUAAUAUUUGUGAUUCUGCAUGUAGAGUUAGUCUAUGUGAACCUGCACAACCCUUGAUAAACCCUUAUGGGAACAGUUCACUCAGAAACGAACAUUUGCUGAAAACAUCCUCACCCUCAGGUCAUCCAAGAUCAGGAUGAGUUUGUUUCUUCAUCAGAUUUGAAGAAAUGUAGCAUUGCAUCAGUGUCUCAUCAAUGGAUGCUCUGCAGUGAAUGGGUGCCGUCAGAAUGAGAGUCUGAUAAAAACAUCACAAUAAUCCACAGCACUCCGGUCCAUCAGUUAAUGACUUGCGAAAACAAAAGCUGAAAAAAAUCCUUAAUAACAUUUCCUUGAAUGAAAAAGUUCAUCCUCUGUUGUCUCUUAUGUCUACAUUUUUUCCAAUUUUAGUUGGAAGCAACGGUUUGAAGUUAGAACGCCUUAAUGAUGGGUUUGUUUCAGCUUUUGUCUUCUCCAGAUGUGAACUGAUGGACUGGAUUACUUGUGGAUUAUUGUGAUGUUUUUAUCAGACUCUCAUUCUGACGGCACCCAUUCACUGCAGAGCAUCCACUGAUGAGACACUGAUGCAAUGCUACAUUUCUCCAAAUCUGAUGAAGAAACAAACUCAUGCUAAUCUUGGAUUACCUGAGGGUGAGGAUAUUUUUAGGAAUUUUCCUUUUUAUUCAUUUCAUUACUCCUAUAAACUAUAUAAAAGCACUAGAUCACCCAAAAAAUGAAUAUUCUGACAUAAUUUCCUCAUCAUUUAACAUGUCGUCUUGGCUAUUAAUAGUUGUUUUGGUUUAUUUUAUACCUUUUCUACAAGCUUUCAUGCAAACCUUUAAAGUAUAUCUUUUUGUUUGUUUUAAAAUAUUUAUUUCUUAUUUCUUUUGUGUUCUGUACAGCAUGUUGCAUUACUGUUCAUAUUUUAUUAGGACAGAAAAUACUCAUGUCAUUGUCCUAAAUGAACUGCACUGUUAUUGUAUCACCACUGCCUAAGAUUUUAUUUAAUCACUUUUUCAUUUUUAAUAUAGCUUUGUAUUCGUAUUAUAUAUAAACAAACAAUACGUAAGUGCCACAGUGAUGAUACAAGCAUCAUAAAUAUCACUGGUGGACUAGAGACCUUAGUUGUGUUCAGAAAACUGUGUACUAUUUAUUCAUUAUCAUGCAAAACAGAAUGCAUUAUGCAACAAUUAGCAUUUAAAGCAAUAGUAUGCAACAAUGUCAUAUGACCUCACUAUGUUACAUUUAUAUUUGUCUUGGAAAUGAAAAUUUUUAUUUUGCAUUUGAAACUAAGUAACUGUAAAAGCAAAAAAACAAAAAAACACCUAACUUCACUCAGAUUACAUAAGGAGAUGUUUAAACAUGGGGUUAAUUCAUCAGACUGGAAAUUGAAAGUCAAGUCAAGCACAUUGCAUUAUGUGAUGCAAUAUUUUAAUCUUUAUAUUUUUAUUGUAAACUGCACUUUUUGACUAAUGUGUAGUAUGUACACUGUCUACAUUUUGAGUUCAGUAAGAUUUUUU